AUGACGUAUAAGGAAGUCGCGCUUUCGUCUCAGUUAAAUGGUGUGUUCCACUGUGCCGCAGUUGUUACCCUUCGAACAGCACCGGCAGACACGCUUCACCACCCGGUGUCGAGCAGUGGGACACACAAGCAAGUUCCUGAUGGAGGUGUGAAAUGUGAGGAACUCGAAGGAGAUAAUCGCCGUAGCCGCAGCCCUUCCAUAACUGUUUUCACAGUUUUAAACCCCAAAGCGGCGUCGUCUUCUCUGCAAGUCCGCCAACUCCCCCAACAACCCCCAGAGGAAAUGCGUUGCACGCUGUGGGUAGGAGCAAGUAGCGGUGAUAUUGAGGUGCGGUCGGCGGUACAACCUGACCGUGUACUUCGUUUUGUACCAAAAAAGUCGCGGGCCGUUGUUACUUCACUCAUUCAAAUUGGUUCUAGCCGCGUGGUCGCCGGCCUUUCCGAUGGGUAUAUUCGUGUAUUUGACGCCGUCACGCUGUGCGAGUAUCAGCAGACGCGAGCGCACACGUCUGCUGUCAGGUGCCUGAUGGCCGUGGCAACCCCAAUAGUACAAGGAGUUCAACCAGAAUGUGAAUUUACACCUGCCCCAGUUUUCCUGACGGCGUCUUCCGAUCGUACAAUAGCAAAGUGGGAUGCUGUAUCCUUACAGUGUCUCUGUAGGCUGAAGGGACACACGUGUUCCGUUUCAGCAUUAGUGUCGACACUUAACGGUGUCUUUGUUUUUAGCGGUGCUGACGAUGGGUCGCUGCACAUGUGGUCGAUGGUCGAUAAUACACAAGUGGUGGGGAGGCCCACUACCGUUGCCAAGAGUGCGGGUAAAAAAAAGCGAACUGGAAAGGACCUUUUAGGACCUUCUCCUCAUCGACAAAAGUCACAAUUACCGAAAUGUAGCUUGGAGGAACCUCAAGUAAAACAAACGAGCCAAGCGAGCGGUCGUGGAGCUUCUCAGGCCAGGCCGGGGAAGUGUCGUACGAGUAGGUCCGCUUCCGUAGGAAUAAUGAAGGUGCGGAGCCUGCUGCGCUCGCCUUCUAUCGGAAGCCCUCAAAGGCAUCGGGUUGACGGAGGGGGAACAGGGCGCUCGCGUUCAAUUGCAGCCAUGCAAAGACAUGGUCUCUUGCCAAAAAUUAACUGGGGAAAAGAUCUUGCGUUGCCUACCACUGCCGCUAGGGCACCAAAUACUGCCACGAGGGAUUCUGACAGUGACAGGCAAUUUGAUGGAAGUUCAGAUGACGAAAACCUGUUGACUGCGGAGCCUGUUAUACCUGUCGAUGGCCAAGGCUCAGCAGUUUUCUGUCGGAGUGGGCGAAAUGUUGGUGAUGGUGUGGGCGCUCCGCGAGAGGGAAGGAAAGGUCGAGGCAAGCUGAAAAAGAAAUCUGCGCAGCAAGUGCAGGUGUCACGCUUCGCGGAUGUACUCGCAAAGCUUCAAGGCCCUGUUUCUGAUAGCGCGAUGGGUUGCCGCCUGGCGGCGGUGCAUUCGGAGCCUGUUGCAUCUGGAAUAGAGGGUGGUACCCUCCUUUGGCCAUUGAAGUGUGAGCACGCUAAGCGGAUUACUCACCUGGCCAUUGUUUGGGACCGGUUUUUGCUAAGUGGGUCGUCUGAUGGUGAAGUCAAAGUUUUAGCUCUGCCUUCUGGCCGAUCAAUUCGCACUGUCCACAGAGGUUACACUCCUGUGACAGGUAUGACUGUCGAUAACGCUCGUUGUUUGCUGUGGAUUGCAACAGCGGAUGGCUGCUUUCACGUGCACAAUAUGUUGACUCCGGAUUUGCAACAACUGCAUGCAUGGCGAGACCUCAGCACUCCACGACCCCUUUUAGUACCAAUGACAACGAAUCGCUUGUUAUGUCAGCUUUAUCUACUGGCAGCACCUGGAAGUAAGAAGAAGUUGUUUGACAGUCGUAGUGCUGGAAACAAGAUCAAGCCAAAGAUCAACUUGGAAAGUAGAAAUAUCAAUUGUAAACGGAAGAAGACGGGACAAGUAGCCCCUACCGACCAAGGAGCCCAGUCUGGGUUAGUUGAACCUGAAGAAGCGGUUCAAGCGCCGCCUAACGCAACAUUGGCGUGUAUUCAGGUGGAUGAUGGGGACGAUGAGGCACUGGCCGAUAUAGGUUCGCUUCGCAAGUUGGACGUUGCUCAUAUGAAAGCGCGCUGUACAAUCGCCAAAAUGGAAUCGAAAGAGGAAGUGUUCCGUAGGGUAUUGCGCCGACCUGUAACCGACGAUGGCAUGGAGUUGCGUGAGUGUUUGUUAAAGGAGCAAACACGCGUUGUCAACGCCUUAUAUGGUACUCGCUUUCAUUUUUCUCUACGGGAUUCGUUUAGGCGCUGGAUGGCCUGGUCAACGCGGCGCGUUAGACGGUACCAAUGUAUGCGAAGGGUGCGGUUUCUGGCGGCAACUAAUCAGGAGCGCCUACUCGGCUGCUAUUUUAGGAAAUGGAGGCGGCACCGUGUCUCACAGAGACUUGUAGAGCAAGACGUGCAGAUAAGAUCGUUGGAGUCUCGUUCCUUCAGUACAACGGUGGAGCGCUGUGCGAAACCUUGUGGUGUGGCUCUUGGUGGCAGGGCAUGCGUCGCCCUCGCAAGCACACAACGGCGCAACCUGCUGCAUCGUUACUACAGAUACUGGCUUCAUCACGUCGUAGGUUUACGGCAGGCGCUGUCGCGUUCUGUGGCCUUCAACCGUUUGUUCCUCUCGUUUGACUCCAAAGUGUGUGACAGUGCCUUCGUGUUCCGUCGGUUAGCAACGACCAACCAGUGCGCACAACGACAAAAGCGGGCGCUACAACUGCUGCUGCUGCGGAUGGAGGCUCACUACCGUCAACUGCAGCACCGCUGUAUGCGAAGGUGGUUUUCCUUUCUCCAGGAUCAAAGAGAGUCGCGGCAGACAUACAAUCUCGUGGAAACGCUCACAUCUGUGUUAGUCAAUGGGGAGGCACUUAGGAUGAGUGCCUACUUCAAGUGGUAUAGGUUCGCAUUGUUUGAAACAAAGCUUCACCGCUUUGAUGAAGAGCGCGCGACGCUGCAGCGGGAGUGGAUCGUUGUGCAGAACGCACUAGAAAGUAAGGAAACCGUGGCUAACCUGAAGCAGGAAGAGGUGCAGUUGGAGGUUGAAAUUGCCCAGUUAGCAUAUGAGCGUGAUGAAAUAGACUCACAGAAUGUCUCGCUUCGUGCGGAUAUUGUACACAUCCAAAUGAGCAAGUCUCUUGACUGUAUUCUCGCCGGGUACGUUGACGCGGAGGAUAAACUGAAGACAGUUCCGCGGUUAUUACCGGAACCUCCAUUUCACAGCCGCCGUUUGUGGACUUCCAGCGGCGAGCGGUUUUCCCCUGUGAAUGAGGAUGACUCGUCUGCUGAGGCAGCGUUACUCAGUCAGCUGUCCGCCGUGUUGCGCGCACUCAAAGCUACGGUUUUACGUUGUAGGCGGCACUGUAGUCUUAUCACGACAUCCCAUGACCGGGUGCUGCGAAUUCCUAUUUGGGACAAGCCGGUUGAAACGCGAGAGUGGAGCUCCGGAGUUUCACAUUCAUCCGUUGGCGGCGAUUCGUCGGCCCUCCACGGAACGUCAGGGGCUUCUUUAUCAGACACACGCUAUUCGAGUGAGCGCCGCAGGAGCAUCGCCAGCUCCACUCAUACGGUGGCGUACCUAGCUGAUGAGUUUGGUCGAACUGUGGGACGUCUUCGUUUGCUUAUUGAGGAGGUCGCCAGACAAGCCGGUGCUGAUCUCGAGGAGUCGACGGACCAAACCCUGUCCGCCUUCUUGAAACACAAGAAUUCCAUUGGUAUGGGCAGUGAGAGCAUUCGGGUGAUAAACGCAGAGUGCCCGUCAGUGGAGUGGCUGAAUUUUGUCCCCUCCACCAAACGAGCAGAGAUCCUUCCGCUCCUUGCGGAUUUGGUGACCAUGUAUGACUCGUUUAAAGCGCAUAGCGAUACUGAAAUAGAGACAGGCGGGAAGACAUUGUCAACUAGGGGUGCGCUCACAUCUGCACCACUGCCGCUGCGGAGUUUGUGCCGGACGCAAGCGGCGAUGUGGCUGGUCCGCCAUUCCGCCGUAAUAUUGGAGUUAAUGGCACCGGGCACAUGGGAAAAGCAUUUAAAUGUGUGGUUUUUAGCGGAUUCGAUGAAGGAUUCGGUGGCGCUGUUCAACCAAAAUCUGGACGUAGGGUUGGCAACACCAAAGCGAACGAAAAAGAAGGAGUCAUCAGCCGAACUGAAGGACACUUCUUCAAUCCUGUCAGACAUCUCCUUCCAGCCAUCAAAGGCAGUUGUGAAGGAGAAACGCAAGAAAAUUCCCAAGACUGUUGCUAGUGGUAAGGGUACCCCUAGAAAGGCGUCUUCAGUUUCCUCCCCCAUCACGUCACAGCCUAGUGUGGAGAGCACACCCGUAAGAUUAUGGGCGUCACCCAAAGCGGCGAUUGUUCAGCCACAGCGAAAGCCUGCCGUAUCCUGUAGCAACCUCCACUCUCCGGUUAGCCGCAGCGUGUGUGGACCUCUGGAUGGUGAGUUUGUUGUACAUGCAGCGCAACGCUCUAAUUCGGUUCCCCUACGACAUCACAGUGCUAUCUCGAGCUCAAGGUCUUUUGCUUCUGCUCCGUUGACGCGCCCUUACCUUGGGUUCCGUGUUGCCGUUGGCCGCGACAGCAGUGGAUGUACAACACUAUCAAUUCAGGAAGUCACCCAAACUUACACCGGAAGUAAUGGUGGCGCUGAUCUUAUGGGUCCAGCGUUUGCUGCCGGAUUGCGCGUCGGUGACCAACUCGUCCGCUUUGCAGGUUACACAGUUACAGAACUGGCUGCGUUCAAUACUGUUGUGGCAAGGCACGUGCGACCCUCGGCUUCUAUUCCCGUUGUAUUCUCCCGUGAUGGCGUAGUAAUGUCCGCCACAAUUGUGGUUGGUGAGAAAAGAAGGGAGUGA